UGAUAUGUGACGUAAGUUCAAGAAAGUGCUGGAAGGAUAGUGAAAGCAUUUUAGAUCCAGCAAACCUUGCUAAGCCACCAUGAAUAGGAGCGUAGUGAGAAGACUAGGUAGGCGCAUUGAAAAGGCAAGCAAGGCGACCCGCGUUUUACACGCAGCGUAGUUUUACGGGUCCGCCUCUUCUCUCUGAGCCUGUGGCUCCAACAUCUUUUAAACAGACUAGUCCGCCCCAUUCCCAUCCUUCUGGAUCGGAGGCUCUGCUACGCCGCCGUGGGCCAAGUCCCGGGCCUGCAGGGCAGGAAGGAGCGGGGCGGGGCCUCCAGGCUCCCAGCUGGGCCUGAACCCGCUUGGGGAAGCCAGUGUGGGGCCGACUGUUUUUUAGGCAAAAGCAAAGGGCGGGCGCGCCAGGCUGCCUCCCCAGGCUCUCCUUACUUGCAAUUCCUUCCGCUUUGCUGAAUUGGGAGUCGCGAUCUGCAGCACAGGCUGUACAUGCACCUGCCAUUGACCUCAUGUAAGAAUUUACAGAAGAAGGGGCUCUUGACAAAACCCCGUCUGUGCACACCGGCAGGUGCUAUGUCAGGGGUGGCUGAGACGCGGAUGUGCCACAGUUUGUCCUACCUGCAAAGCAGGAUCCAGGACCUGCUGAGGGGAGGAGUCAUUCAUUGGGCCCUUCAACAGCCCAACUUCAAAAGCUUACUUCCAUUAACCAUCCAUUGACACCAUACAGACUCCAAGCCUCUGAAUUGUGCUUGACAACAACAUGGAGAUGAUUUUGCCUGUACCUGGACCAAUGAGGGGUCGGUCCAUGGUCGCUAGGAUACAGAGCAGGAGCCUCUGUACUGGCCAUCUUGAGCGGUUGAGACCAACUGGCAUCUUCCUGCACUUGACCGCACUGAACCGCACCGCAGCACGCCACAGCGCACUGUAGAUCCAGGCGGGUCGGAGACAGUGCACCCCAGCACCCAUCAUGUCUGGGCAAAGGAGCCGCGGAGGGUCUUCUGAUCACCAGAGGCGGAACCGCACCCGCAGCCGCACCAGCAGAGCUGAAUUGACCUUCUCCGUGAGCCACCUGGAGCACCUCCUGCGGGACGGCCACUACACCCAGCGUCUCAGCGCCAACGCACCCGUGUACCUGGCGGCCAUCAUCCAGUACCUGACGGCCACGGUCCUGGAGCUGGCGGGCAACGAGGCCCAGAAAAUCGGCUGCAGGCGCAUCACCCCGGAGCUGCUGGACAUGGCGAUCCACAACAACGCACUGCUCAGCGGCUUCUUUGAGAACACCACCAUCUCCCAAGUGGCCCCGGGCAGGCGGUAGCUUCCCAACAUGACCUGGGCUCCCCGGGCCUCGGCCCACUCACAGCCCAGGCAGCCCGGGCCUGUCUGGCGCCUUGGGCCAAGUUAUUGAAAAUAAAGUGUUGAAGGAAACCCAUGUGCCUGCUUCAGUCACUCUGUGUGGGAGGUGGUUGGAGGGAUGGGCUGGUGGUGGUGUGUUCCUGGGGGCGGGGGUGGAGUCGGGGAUGACAAGAGAGGAGCAGCCCCCCAUGGUGACAGUGCAGGGGGUGGUCCAGGGUGGGAGAGGCCGGCUGGGUGGGGGUAGGCUGGGGUCUGGAAAACUCCCCCAUCGUCUCUGAGCAAGUCAGAGCCUGGCAAGGUCCCCAGAAGGCUGGUGUUCACUGGGGUGGAGUGCAAGACCAUGACUCAGGCAUCGUGAUAGGGUGAAGGUGCAAUGCCAACCCGCCUGCAGAAUGGAGGGGUGG